AUGCCCCACCCUGCGCCCGGGGCCCGGCUCCGGCUCCUCGCCGCCGCCGCCCUGGCCGGCCUGGCCGUCAUCAGCCGAGGGCUGCUGUCCCAGAGUCUGGAGUUCAACUCCCCGGCUGACAACUACACAGUGUGUGAAGGGGACAACGCCACCCUCAGCUGCUUCAUCGACGAGCACGUGACCCGCGUGGCCUGGCUGAACCGCUCCAACAUCCUGUACGCUGGCAAUGACCGCUGGACCAGCGACCCCCGCGUGCGGCUGCUCAUCAACACGCCUGAGGAGUUCUCCAUCCUCAUCACGCAGGUGGGACUGGGCGACGAGGGCCUCUACACCUGCUCCUUCCAGACGCGCCACCAGCCGUACACCACUCAGGUCUACCUCAUUGUGCACGUCCCCGCCCGUAUCGUCAACAUCUCCUCGCCGGUGACCGUGAACGAGGGUGGCAACGUGAACCUGCUCUGCUUGGCUGUGGGGCGGCCCGAGCCCACGGUCACUUGGAGACAGCUCCGAGAUGGCUUCACCUCGGAGGGCGAGAUCCUGGAGAUCUCCGGCAUCCAGCGCGGCCAGGCUGGCGAAUAUGAGUGCGUGACGCACAACGGGGUGAACUCGGCGCCCGACAGCCGCCGCGUGCUGGUCACAGUCAACUAUCCUCCGACCAUCACCGACGUGACGAGCGCGCGCACCGCCCUGGGCCGGGCCGCCCUCCUACGCUGCGAGGCCAUGGCGGUGCCACCCGCGGACUUCCAGUGGUACAAGGACGACAGACUGCUGAGCAGCGGCACAGCCGAGGGCCUGAAGGUGCAAACGGAGCGCACCCGCUCCAUGCUUCUCUUCGCCAACGUGAGCGCCCGGCAUUAUGGCAACUACACGUGUCGCGCCGCCAACCGGCUCGGAGCGUCCAGCGCUUCCAUGCGACUCCUACGCCCGGGAUCCCUGGAGAACUCUGCACCCAGACCCCCGGGGCCCCUGGCUCUGCUCCCGGCCCUGGGCUGGCUGUGGUGGAGGGUGUAG